CUCCCUGCGCCCGGAGGGCUCCUCGGGGCCGCAGCGAACUCCUCGGAGCUGGGCCUCGCCCCUAGGAUUCCGGCCGAAACGUUUCAAGGGUCAUCAAGAUGGCUGCAGCCUCCCAGUUUGCCUGUCGGUACAAAAAGGAUUUGAGCACAGAAACUCUCCGAACCAAAGUGGCGCGCAGGAAAUCGAUGCUACAGAAGGAGAACAGACACAAGCUGUUUGAAAAGGGCAGAAAGUUUGGAUUGGCAGAUGUCAAUGUCCAGCUUGCAAGAGAAAGGGGGAUUUCUCAGCUGAAUGAGACAAAUGAAAUGUGCUCUCAAGAGAACAGUAGUGUGAGAAAGAAAUGUACAGAUGCAGCCACCCAGAGGAUUAACAACCGCAAGGAAAUGCUCCAGCGCUAUAAAGAAGAAAAGGAACUUCGAAAGCUGAAAGAGCAGAGAGAGAAAGCUAAAAAGGGGGUGUUCAAAGUUGGGUUGUACAGACCAACUGCACCUGGAUUUCUUUCAUUUGUACCUGAAGAUCCAGUCAUAGUGAAGCCAAAAGAGAAGGCAGCUCCUGCUUCAGCUCCUGCUUACUCUGGGAGGAUUACUCGAUCAAAGGCCAAGAACCAAGGAGAAAAAACUGUGAUACCAACUGCAUCUAAGCCUUCUAUGGUCAGUGCCAAGGAGCAUAGAGUGUGCCCUAUGCCAGCAGGACGUAAACAGAUGAGUGCAGACAAAGCAGCUGAGAAGGAGAAAGUGUUGCAGACUGCAGCCCAGCCAGCCUUCAGUGGAAGAAUCACCAGAGCAGCAGCCUCUGCAGCUAGGCAGGUGCUGAAAACAACAGUUCCUGCUGCCACCACCGGCUACCAGUCACAGAGAAAGACAGCAAAUGUAGGAAAGCAGAAGAAAGGAGUCAAACCCGACCAGAUGGAGGUCAUUGCUUCUAAAGGUGAAGAGGAUAAAAAAAUUCAAGUGGACCCAAUCUUGACAGAUUCUGCAGCUGAUUCCAAACCUUCAGCAUCAACAGAACUUCAGCAGGAGCAAACCUCAGCAGACAGAGAAAUCAAUUCUGCUUCACAGAGACCCAGAACACGCUCUUUUGCACCUCAUAACUUUGCCUUUCAGCCACUGGAUGGAUUAGCAACCUACAAAGUUACACCCAUGACUCCUUCUAGUGCAAAUGCAUUUCUGACACCUAAUGCCUUAUGGGAUUUUUCCAGUUCUCCAAUUGGUAUCAAGGAGAAAUCCAGUGAGGUUAAGGCACAAGAGGCUGAUUUAAAAAGUCCACCUUCGCCCACUGAUAAGGACAUUCAAGACCAACAAACCACUACAAGUUUGAAAAGAGAAAAAGCCAGCAAAUCAGAGCAGAAAACUUCCACUCAGACAUCACCUGAAACAACUCCUGUCUCCCCAGUACUCAAAAUGAAGUCAGAUGAUAUCAGAGAGCAAGAACAUGAUGUGCCCUAUUUCAGAAACAUCCUUCAGUCUGAGACAGAGGGACUGAUGUCUCAGUGCCUGCAGUGGGAUGGAAAACUUGAGCUGGACAUCCCAGAGGAUGCUAAAGAUCUCAUUCGCACCACAGUUGGUCAGACAAGACUGCUGAUAGCAGAAAGGUUUAAACAGUUUGAAGGCCUGGUGGACAACUGUGAAUUUAAACAAGGUGACAAAGAGACCACAUGUACAGACCUAGAUGGAUUUUGGGAUAUGGUUAAUUUUCAGAUUGAAGAUGUGAAUAAGAAGUUUGAUCAUCUCAAGAAGCUUCAAGACAAUGAGUGGCAGCUACUUGAUGUCCCACGCCCAGAAAUUGUCAAGAGGAAGACAGUUCCAAAUGGAGUGCCCAAACCGGAGCUGGGAGCAGCUGGCAGAGCUGCUGCCCGCAGCCGGCUUGCGUCUGUCAAGGCAGCUAUGAGGAGAAAAAUGAAGCAUGGUGAUGGUGUGCAGGAGAAACUCCCUGAAGUGGAAAAGGUGGUUUUUGAAGCAGGAUUUUUCAGGAUUGAAAGCCCUGUGAAAACCUUUCCAGGCUUGCUUUCAAAGACAUCUCUCAGAUCUUCCCAGGGAGCUGCUGAAAACAUGGCUACUCCAACAUCAUCCAGCAAAGUUUUGCUUCAGAACACUCCCUCUGGCCUCCAUAACCCUGAGGACACAACUGCAAACCACACAACAUCAGUGUGCCAAGGCUUCCACCCAGCACAGAAUUCAGAAGUGCACCAGGUUCCCUCAGGAGAAAUGCCCCCACUGCAGAAACUCCCUGAUAUCUUUCUUCAGCCAAGCAUUUCUGUGUCUUCAGAAGGAAAACAUGAUAUUGCUGACACGUCAGAGGAGAGUGAAAUGCUGGAAAAUCCUAGCAGUGAAUUCAAAGUAAUAAAUGGCAUGGAAGAGAUGGAACUAUCUGCUGAAGGUCAAGGACUGGAUAUUGUCAUGUUCAGUCCCGAGAAGGAGACUGGCACAGAGAAUAACUUUCAGCCUGGAGAACCAAAAAUACAACACACAGAUGUUUCAGGUAGUGAUUUGACAGCUGUUGGCAGAAACCCUUUUGAUAUGCCCAUGCUGGAUGCUGAGCUCCCCUUCACACCAGUCAAGAGCAAAGCCCAGAGGUUUGCAGCCACUGAAACAUUCAGUGACCUCAUUGUAUUUUCUCCUGUUUCCCACUCUGAGCAAAAAUGAAAAGUGACUUGGACUGCAGAAUGUGUAAAUUGUAUUAACCCAAAACCCCACAGUGGCUAUCUGGAAUGCAAACUGUUACCCUCCAACUAUGUCCUGGGUGGACAAACACCUGUAGUAUUUUUGUGGUCAGUCUUAGAUUGUUACAACACACUUCACUACAGUACAGUUGUUGUGCACUGCACACUAGCAGCAGGAUCUUUGCUGGUUAGACCUCCUGUGUCCAUGCUUUGCACAUUGCAAUUGCAAGGCAAAAUGGUUUUAUUUUUGUAUAUUUUUUUAUCUAUUUCAUUUUUACUCCAACUUGUAAAACAAACUUCAAGCUUUUCUGUCCUGACCUUGCUUCCUUUUACCAGACUAGCUAUACCUGUGCCCUAAUUCUGAUGUGUUGUGGGGGGAACCUUCUGAGUGUGAGAUUCAGCUCAUUGCUUCUCCCAAACCACUGUUGCUGCUGUGGGGUACUGGUGCACCAUAAGCUCCAGUAUUCUGUGCAGCAGCAGCUGUGUCAGGAGUUGACAUGACUAAUUCCUUCCUGGUGUUUAACAACCACUUGGUUUGAGGUAGUAAAAACUAGAUCAGAACAAAGAUUGCAGAGUCAGAGCAUAUGUUUUUCCUGGCAGUGUGUUAAAACAGGCACUGAUUGUUCAUCCCUUCAAGGACACAGCUUUCCACUGAGCAUCUGAAGUAUCCUGAAGCCAAACUGUUCUCUUUUUGCUUUUUCAUGUGAAAGUCUCUUAACCUCUUUCUCUUAAACCCUUGGAGCCUGUUCCUGUGUCUUGUUCUUCAUGCAGUCUCUUAUCCAGACUGUAAUCCAUGCAGUUACAGAUACUCUGAGUAGUAGCAUUGGAGUACCUCCAGUUGCCAUGAUUUUAACAAAUACUUUCUUGUCAGAGUGACCUUAAUGUAACAUCCACAUUCUUCCCUGGGCUUUGUUUUUAAACCAAGCAGAGGUACUUCAGCUCCCCCAGCAGAAAGCAUUUGCCACCACAUCUGAGAUUGGGAGGGGAAAAAAAAACAACCUUAAGUUUUAACCUGGGAGCUGUGUACUGAUUAUACUGAAAUAAAGAAAUGGAGAAAGCUGA